AUGCGGCUAAUGCAGGGCCCAGGGGCAUUUGCCCUCUGUAGGCAGCCUUUCUCUAUCAAGUUCCCUGCACGUCGAUUCUACUCCAGCCGAUAUUAUGACCCUUUGCGGAUUCUCUUCUGUGGAUCCGACGACUUCAGCAUUGCCUCUUUGAAUGCUCUCCAUGCCUAUCAUUUGAGGCAACCAAGCCGUGUUGCUUCAAUUGAUGUAGUGUGUCGACCAGGAAAGCGAGUUGGUAGAGGACUGAAGGAGAUCCGAGAAGUUCCUAUUAAGGCUGCAGCAUCGGCCCUUUCGCUCCCCAUCCACGAGAUUGACACCUUUACGGGCUGGGCUCCCCCGGUAACCUCUAAUGGACCUAUCAAUUUGAUCAUUGCUGUGUCCUUCGGACUGUUUGUGCCGCCACGUAUCCUGAACAAUGCGAGCUACGGUGGGCUCAAUGUCCAUCCCUCAAUGCUUCCAGACUUCCGUGGGCCGGCCCCUUUGCAUCAUACUUUAAUGGCGGGUCGAACUACGACGGGGGUAACACUGCAAACCUUGCAUCAUAAAAGCUUCGACCACGGGCUUAUAAUUUCGCAAACGCCCUCACCGGGAUUCAGUAUUCCCAACCCAGAUUCAUGUGAUGUUCCUGAAUUGUUGAAUCUUGUGUCCCCCAAAGGCGCCGAGCUACUCGUGGACGGCAUUGACAGAGGUCUCUUUGUGCCUCCAGUCAAAGAUGUAGGGUGGAAACCGGAUGGAAAGACUCAUCUCAUCCACGCCGGGAAAAUUAAGCCCGAGAAUAGGCAUAUUGACUGGGCAGUUUGGACCAAGCAAGAUAUCGAACGACGCAACCGGGUCCUUGGGACUGGGUCUUUAUGGAGCAAAGCACUGGUUGCUAAGAAAUCUGCUCAGACUGAAUUCGACCACAAGCGAGUUAUCUUAACUGAUCUGGAAGAGGUGGAGCCUCCCCAAGGAUGUGAUUCUUUUCCAGUAGUCCCUGGUCAGCCAUUCACAAAUUCACCGCAUCCUGUUCAGCCGAAAAAGGGCAGGGCUCUGUACGUCUUGACCCAAGACAAGAAGAUACUGCGCAUCAACCGAAUGAAGGUGGAAGGGGAGCCGGUCACCGACGGACUUCAGGCGGCGAUCAAGGCUCUGUAUGCGGCUGUGAAAGGCAGCCAGCUGAUUCUACCCCACUUGCAAAAGGAGCCUCAGUUCACGCAAAUCGGGAUAGAGGUUUUCAGGCGCUUCUUCGCUUUGUAUCGGUCGGUAAAUGGAACGCUCGAAGAAAUCUCGGACAAGAGGAAGCAGAUCAAGGCUCUUCUGAGAGACCUUGCAUUUCUCGCGUCUGUCCCUGACAUUCAAGUCGACAGGGAGCAUAUACAAGCUUGUCGUCAAGUCCUCGAGAAGAUGGCCCAAGUCCUGGACUCCUCCAAGGGGAAGGGAAAACGCCAUAUUAUUCCAAAUAUCAAGGCUGCGAUACGUGUGGUAAAAGUCGAAAAAAAGCUCGAGCAGCAAGUCAGUCAGCAGAUAUGCAUGCUACAAGGCCUCCAACUAGACAUUGAUGUCCACAUUACUCAACAGCUGCAGUCAAUAAAACAGCAGUUGGAGGCUGUGAUACUCCUGUGGAAGCCACUGCUAGAAGGUCCAGGCAUGCAAAUGCCCAAAGAUAUGGGGUAUCCAUGGGAAACUGAAUUUCUUGACCUUCUCGGCCAUAAGUUCAAAAGCCGCGAGCUCCCGGGGCUAGGUUUGAUCAAGAAAUCGCAGGUCGAGUUAUGGACUGCGGAUAACAAGACAAAACUCGACAAGGAUACUUGA